AAGACAACGUUGUUUUGUCAAAAAUGCGGUAUUCAAGGUGAUUCGCUGCUUAUCUGGCAACAUUAAUUUUUUUGAUCAACAAGAUUGAAUUUGUGUUGAAAAACAAUGCAGUUAACCCAACAGCGAAAAAUGAAUGUAAAAUCAGGAAAGGUGAAGAAUUUUACAAAUUCUUCAACACCUCCAGAACAAGAGUGUUUGUUAAAAGCGGUUUCAGAUCCCGCUGUGGAGAAGAAAGUCCAGCGUUCCCAGGAGAAUUCGAAGUUGGUUGCAGACAAUGAAUCGAAAUUGGAUGUUAAUGGUGGGUUAGCUAGGGGAAACAGUGAGCACGAAACAACUUCAGAUGAUUUGCCAUCUUCUAAAAAUAGAAAGAAACGCAAAAAGGGGAUCAUCUAUGUUUCGAAUCUGCCCAAACACAUGAAUGUAACACGCAUAAAAGAGAUUCUGGGUGCAUAUGGCAAAAUUGGUCGUGUAUAUUUACAACCGGAGAAAUUACCAAAAAGUUCUGACAAAAAGGCUAAGAAACGCAAACCAUUUGCUCGUCACUUUACUGAGGGUUGGAUAGAAUUCGAAUCCAAACGCGUAGCCAAACAAAUUGUUCCUCUCCUUAAUAAUAAGCAAAUAUCUACACGCAAGAGAUCGCAAUUCUAUGACUGCUUAUGGAGUAUGAAGUAUCUGCCCAGAUUUAAAUGGUAUCAUCUAACUGAACGAAUGAAUUACGAACAAGCUGUUUACAAACAAAGGCUUAUGAAUGAAGUAUCUCAAGCUCGGAAGGAAACAACAUUUUUCCAAAAUAAUUUGGAUAAGAGCGAGUUAAUAAAAAGGCGUGAAAAGAAAUUGAAAAAAAUGGCGAAGGCGAACGCAAGCAAUAACGUUGACUGACCGCAACAUCUAAAGAGAGAAAAUUAAUUUGUUGGCAAUUAGGAUUAAUAAAGCACUUAAAUUGCGCUUAAAUUGAUAACAAUUUUUAAUAAAGCUUAAGACUUAAAAGAUCGAAAGAGAUCAUAUAUAAAUUUAUUUCAAUUACUUAUUUUUUCGAUUUUUUUUUUUUCUUUUUUCCUCUUAAAAAAUGUUACACAAAUCUUUAACGUAGGAUCACAACACUAGAAGAUAUAAAAUAUGUAUAUAUAUAAAAAAUUGAUAAAAUUAAAAUUACAUACAUUAUUACUUAAAG